CCCUUCUGCUGCAGGUCUGUUGCAGCAAGUGCAAAUAUUCAGCUAAAGGGGAAAGUACCUCACCAGAGAGUUGAGCUUUGACUUGGUUACCUUGGCCAGGCCUUACAUGAAACAAGCAUGCGGGUUACUAUCUUCACACUGGUGAUCACCGCCUCCCAGGCUAUCCACCUUGACCAGUCCUUUGGCCAGUUUUCAUCGCCCAACCAUCCUCUGGGAUAUCCGGCGCUCAGCAACCAGACCUGGGACAUCUCCGCCCCGAAGGGUUACAUCAUCAAGGUCUACAUCCCCUACCUGGACAUCGAGUUCUCCGACGGGUGUCAGUCAAGCUACGUUGAGGUCCUGUCGGAGGAGGGUCAGCUGGCCAGGCUGUGCGGCAGGCGAGAAGGGGAAAAGGACGAUCCCGCACUCCAUGAGUACUACUCCAGCACUAACUCUAUGAGGGUUUCAUUCCGAGCCAACAGUUCCGGAACCAGACCUUUCUCUGGGUUUAUGGCUCUCUAUUCCAGGGUGGAUGUGAACGAAUGCGAGCUGGGUUCCCAUGGGUGCAGUCACUACUGCGCGAAUACGAUAGGUGGACAUCGCUGCUACUGCCCAAUGGGGCUAAAGCUCCAGACGGACAGCCGCACCUGUAAAAAACAGGACGUGGUUUGCUCCGGUCUUGCUCCAGCCGAUAGCAUCGUGACUCCCCUGUGGCGCGAGUUCCAAGCCAAUGACCGAGUGAAGGUGACGUGUGAACCUGGGUAUGAAAUCGUCGAGGGUUUCAAGACUAUUCCCCAUUACUUUGUGGAAUGCCAGCAGGAUGGGACUUGGUCAACCUCCAGAUUCAAAUGUCAGGCUGUGGAUUGUGCUUCUCCACCUGACAUUGAGAACGGACGGUUCGUGUUUCUCACUGGGAGCGGUGUCACUACCUACAAGUCCUUGAUACAAUACCAGUGUAAUGAGCCGUACUAUGAAAUGGACCCGGACAGCCACCGAGACUUCGCCUGUACGGAAGUUGGGACGUGGGAAAAUAACGGGACGGGGCAGGUCCUCCCACACUGCUCUCCAGUGUGCGGGAGACCCAGCCACCCUGUGACCUUCCGGCAGCGCAUCCUGAAGGGGUCGGUGGCGCAGAGGGGCAACUUCCCCUGGCAGGUGCUGUUCCGCCAGGUGAAGGGAGCAGGGGCCCUGCUCUCGGACCGCUGGGUGCUGACGGCCGCCCACGUCGUCCAGGACUGGCAGGACACCAAUCUGUUGGCCGGGGUCACCAACCUGAAGCAGCUGAGCCACGCCAGGGCGCUGCAGGCGGACAGAGUGUUCGUCCACCCCGGCUACAAGCAACCCGGGCUCGCCAGUGAGGGACACAACUACAACCAUGACAUCGCCCUGGUGAGGCUCCGCACCCCUGUCACCAUGGGACCCGACGUCUCCCCCAUCUGCCUCCCCAAACAGGAUGGCCUCCACCAGCUGAGGGUGAGGCAGUUGGGUCUGGUCUCCGGGUGGGGCGUAACCGAGAACAACACCCUCCCCACCAACCUGAUGUUCACCCGCCUCCCGGUACGGGACCUGGAGGAAUGCCGGGCCUCGGUGGCCCAGCACUUGGUCACCGUCACCGACAACAUGAUCUGUGCCGGCGACGAGGAGGGUUCCGAUUCUUGCCAGGGUGACAGCGGCGGGGCUUAUGUCUUCCCCUACCCCAAGCCCAGGGACAACCGGUUCUUCAUUGGGGGGAUCGUAUCCUGGGGGGUCAAGUGCGGGACGGUCGGAUUCUACACCAAGGUGGGCAACUAUCUGGAAUGGAUAGAGGGAAUCGUGCAGAAUAAGGCCCUCCUGGUGCUGAGUGCCUUCUCUCACCCCAAGUUGUGGUCAGACGCCACUGGGCUGUUUGGUGAGAUCCAUCUGUCCAACUACCAGCCAGAGGAGAGCCUCAGCUGGGAGGUGGGUGUGCCCCCGGGCUUUGGCCUCAAACUCCAGCUGCAACACUACGACUCGGUGGUCUCCUCGUCAUGUGGACACAACUAUGUGGAGGUGUACGCGGACAGGGAGCGCCUGGGCAGGUUCUGCGGGAACGUGACCUCCAGCCGGUUCCACCGUCCGAGCUCGCCCCUGACCGCCUCCGACCAGCACGCCAUCAAGCUCCGCGUACGGUGCCGCUCCAGCGACCGGGAGAGCCGGCGAGGAUUCUCCGUCUUUUAUGAGGCUGUUGAUAUCGACGAGUGUGGCCUCCGCUGGGAAGGACAGGCGCCCUGUCAACACUUCUGUCACAACUACAUCGGAGGUUACCGGUGUUACUGUCGCCAAGGAUACAGUCUCCACGGUGAUGGGAAAACGUGCAAAGUUACACAGUGCGAUGCCCCUGAAGAGAUCGACAACGGCAGCUACGAAUACCUGGACAGUGAAGCUGGGACCCAGGUUGGCUCGGCCAUCAGAUACAACUGCCACCAGCGCUAUUAUACAAUGACGGGUGGCGCAGACGGGACGUACAGCUGCCGAGCCAAUGGGAAAUGGAUGAAUAUUGCGGUGGGGGAAGCCCUCCCAACAUGUACGCCAGUUUGCGGUAAACCCCAGGAACCGCCGUUGCUGGUGCAGCGGAUCUUCGGCGGGGCGGCCGCCCGGGACGGGAAUUUCCCCUGGCAGGUGUACUUCGAGAGCUCGGUGUGCGGCGGGGCGCUGGUGUCCGACUCCUGGGUGCUGACCAGCGCCUCCUGCGUGGGAUCCGAGCGGCGGCCGCUGAUGUUCGGCGGGGCCACGGACCGCGGCUCGCUGGCCGGCUGGACUCGCCUGGAGGCGGCGGAGGUCCACGUCCACCCGGGCUAUACCCGGUCCCCCGCCGGCCACGACAUCGCGCUGGUGAGGCUGAGGGGGAAAGUGGGGAUGGGACCGGCUCUGGCCCCCGUCUGUCUGCCCGGACGGCAGCCCAGGUACCGGGCGGAGGUGGGGACGGUGGGCUACGUCUCCGGCUUCGGGGAGACCGAGCGCUUCUCCCAGAGCGACGUGCUGAUGUUCGCCCCGGUGCCGGUGGUGGAGAGGGACAAGUGCCAGCGGGGCUCGGACGUCCCGCUGUCCCAGGGCGAGAUCUGCGCCGGAUCCGGGGCGGGGGUGGAUGCGUGCACGGGAGACGGAGGGGGGUCGCUGGUCUUCAGGGACCCCUUUCUCCCCGACACCUUCUUCACCGGCGGCAUCGUGUCCCGCGGGUCCAAGUGCGGGGAGUACGGCGUCUACACCAAUGUCCCGCACCACCUGGACUGGAUCCAGAGUGUCAUGGAAUCGUAGCGGGCGGGAGACGGCAGAGGCUGCAAUCUCCAGUGUGUGUGUGUGUGUGUGUGUGUGUGUGUGUGUGUGUGUGUGUGUGUGUGUGUGUGUGUGUGUGUGUGUGUGUGUGUGUUCCUCUGAGUGUGUGUGUUCCUGUGUUUGUGUUCCUCUGAGUGUGUGUGUUCCUGUGUUUGUGUGUUCCUGAGUGUGUGUGUAUUUUCGUGUGUGUGUGUGUGUUCCUGAGUGUGUGUGUUCUUGUGUUUGUGUGUUCCCGUGUGUGUUCCUGUGUUUGUGUUCCUCUGAGUGUAUGUGUUUGUGUGUUCCUGAGUGUGUAUUUUCGUGUGUGUGUGUGUUCCUGAGUGUGUGUGUUCCUGUGUUUGUGUGUUCCUUUGUGUGUGUUCCUGUGUUUGUGUUCCUGAGUGUGUGUGUUCCUGUGUUUGUGUGUUCCUCUGAGUGUGUAAGUUUUGUGUUUGUGUUCCUGAGUGUGUGUGUGUUCCUGUGUUUGUGUGUUCCUCUGAGUGUGUAAGUUUUGUGUUUGUGUUCCUGAGUGUGUGUGUGUUCCUGUGUUUGUGUGUUCCUCUGAGUGUGCAAGUUUUGUGUUUGUGUUCCUGAGUGUGUGUGUGUUCCUGUGUUUGUGUGUUCCUCUGAGUGUGUGUGUCUGUUCCUGUGUUCUCAUAAUGUCACGAAUAAUCACAGUGCAAAGUGCUUUACAUUGUGUCAUUUGGUGAAUACCUUCAGUGCUGCUCGUUUAUAAAUGGGUCGUUGGCUUAUUAUUGUCACAUGUACCAAGAUACAGGGACAAUUUUUGUCUGCGUGCCUUCAUGCCACUCUGAAUGGUGUAGACAGACUAAGCAGGAAACUUUUCCCCAUAUCAGAGGAACUUAAAAUUAGAGGCACAGGAGUCUACAAAUGCUGGAAUGUGGAGCAACGCACAAACACCUGGAGGAAGGUACAGAAGCCUGAAGUCCCACACCAACAGGUUCAAGAACAGCUACUUCCCUUCAACCAUUCGGUUCUUGAACCAACCGGCACAACCCUGAUCUGUAAUAAAGUGUAAUAACCACUACAGUGUAGCAACACUGUGACCACUUUGAUCACUUUGCACUACAAUGGACUUUGUUUCUUUUUGUUCUAAUUGUGUUCUUCCUUGUAAAAAUUGUUUAUGUAUUUCUUGUGAAUGCUGUUUAUCUGAUGCUCUGUGCCUGUGAUGCUGCAGCAAGUUUUUCACUGCUCCUGUGCACACAUGGACUUGUGCAGAUGACAAUAAACUCGAUUUUGAC